AGCCGCCGGGGGGGCCGGGGGGAGCCGGAGCCGAGACCCCCCAAAGGUGCUGCCGAGCGGGACCCCCCGCCCGCGCCCGGCCCCGGGGGGCUGCGGCGGGAGGAGAAGCGCCCCAAGUCCAGCUCGGCUGGUGAGGGGGCCCCCCGGCCCCCCCCCCGCGAGCAGCGCCCGCUCUCGGGGCCCGACCUGCGGCCCCCCGACAUUCCCGGCGUUCCCGGCGCUCCCGGAGCGGGGCCGAAGACGGCGCCGCAGCCCGGACGCCCUUUCCACACCUACCCCCGCGCCGACACCGACCCCUCCCGGGGCCCCCCCGCCCAGGCAGAGCACCGGCCGGGACGCCCGCAGGAGGUGACGCCCAACGGGCCGGUCCCCGGCGGUCCCGGCUCCUCCUCCCACGCCCCCGGCCCCCCGCGCCCCAAAGCCCCGGAGCCGCCGCCGCCCCCCGGGCCGGACCCUCCGGCCUCGCGGCCCCCCGGCCCCCCGCCCGCCCCGGGGGGGCCCCAGCGCGUGUCCCACGAGCAGUUCCGGGCGGCGCUGCAGAUGGUGGUGGACCCCGGGGACCCCCGCACGUACCUGGACAACUUCAUCAAGAUCGGGGAGGGCUCCACGGGCAUCGUGUGCAUCGCCACCGUGCGCGGCUCCGGCAAGCUCGUGGCCGUCAAGAAGAUGGAUCUGCGCAAGCAGCAGCGGCGAGAGCUGCUCUUCAAUGAGGUGGUGAUCAUGCGGGACUACCAGCACGAGAACGUGGUGGAGAUGUACAACAGUUACCUGGUGGGCGACGAGCUCUGGGUGGUCAUGGAGUUCCUGGAGGGCGGCGCCUUGACCGACAUCGUCACCCACACCAGGAUGACGGAGGAGCAGAUUGCGGCCGUGUGCCUGUCGGUGCUGCGGGCGCUCGCCGUGCUCCACGCCCAGGGCGUCAUCCACCGCGACAUCAAGAGCGACUCCAUCCUCCUCACGCAUGACGGGCGGGUGAAACUCUCGGAUUUUGGGUUCUGCGCCCAAGUGAACAAGGAGGUGCCGCGGCGCAAGUCGCUGGUGGGGACCCCGUACUGGAUGGCCCCCGAGCUCAUCUCCCGCCUGCCCUACGGCCCAGAGGUGGACAUCUGGUCUCUGGGGGUGAUGGUGAUCGAGAUGGUGGACGGGGAGCCCCCCUAUUUCAACGAGCCCCCCCUCAAGGCCAUGAAGCUGAUCCGCGACAACCUCCCCCCCCGGCUCAAGAACGGCCACAAGGUGUCACCCUCCCUCAAGGGGUUCCUGGAGCGGAUGCUGGUGCGGGACCCGGCGCAGCGGGCGAGCGCCCCGGAGCUGCUCCGACACCCCUUCCUGGGGGUCGCGGGCCCCCCCGCCUGCAUCGUCCCCCUCAUGCGGCAGCACCGGCUCCGGUGAGACCCCCCCGCGGAGGGGGGAGACCCCCCCCGGCCUCCUCCUCCUUCUCACUGGCACCCCCAAACUGGAGCGGCACUGGGACGUUACUGGUGGGGCGCUGGCGAGGGGCGCCGGCCCCCCAAAUUGUACUACUGAGCUUGGGGGGGGCACUCAGUGCCACGGGCCCCCCCAGCAGAGAUCUGGGGCGUGGGGGACGGCAUCAUCCUGGAGAUUUGGGGGUGCAGGGGCUAAUCCCGGUACCCUCCCCCAGGCAGAGAUUUUGGGGAGUGCGGGGCUUAUCCUGGUGCUCCCUUUCUUCCUCCUUCCUGUCAGAGAUUUGGGGAGUGAGGGGCUCACCCCACUACCCCCCCCCUUUUCGGACCCAUUUUGGGGCAUUUCCCUCCUUU